AGUGGAGGAGAGGAGAGAGAGAGAGGGAGAGGGAGAGAGGAGACGACUACACACAGCCGGAUCGGAGCGGGCAAAAGCAGGCAUUCGUGAUUCAUAGGGAGCAUUGUAAAACCGCUUUAAGGUAUCAUCCAGUGAUUUGUAUGGAACCCAAUCUUCCUCCUUAUUCCCAAAUAACAAACUUUUUCUGAUGGAUUUGGGACAACUCCAACCAGAGAUGCCAUUUUCCAAGACUUUCAGUGUUUCCUAGAAUUCUUCUGAGACAUGUUGGAUGUUGAUGACUGGAAAACCUUCUUGAACAGGAUUAUUCCGUUGUUUAUUCCAAUCAUGUUUGACGGAAAUGAAAGAAACUUGUUAUUUUGAAUUUUGGGGCAUUUUGGCUACAACCAUUUGGAAUUUUAAGUCUUUCUUGGAGGUAUUUUUUUCAUUGAGUGGCAUGGCAAAGUGGAGGUGAGAGUGGAUUUUACAAUGAAAGUUCGGUUCUGCGUUCUUGGUCCUGUGCUGGUCGUCCUAUGCUCCAUCCCCCAGACUGGUUAUGGGAUCCAGGCUGAUUCCAAACCAUCUGGUCCCAUCUCUGGUUCUUCAGCUGACCAAAGAUCUCAACAAAUGACCUCCAAGUCUCGACGCAAUCCUUGGAGCAGGACUAGUACGGAAAGUCGAUUGGAAUCCAUUGAAUAUCGUAGGCCCCAAAACAUAUUGCAGGAUCCCCAAAGUUUAAACUCAAGACUCAAAUUGCAACCAAUAGACAAAUAUGUAGCUAACUUGAGGCAACAAAGAAAUAACAGCACCAAGAAGUCUUUACCAAGCAGAUCGAAAUCAAAAAUAGGUUCUCCUAUAGAAUCGAGAAGUAAGUUGUCGUCAAAAAAUGGUACGACUAGUCUUAGUUCAAGUUCUCCAACAAUGAUCAAAAAUCAUUCAAAACUCAAGUCUUCAUCGUUGGCCGUUCCUAUCGUGGAUGACGUAAAGUUCUCCAAAGCUGAGGAUAGGUCCCAGACAAGAGCAGACAAGAACCUGACCAAAACUGAAGAUUUGGAUAGUAAAGAAACUCACAAGCCCAAGAGGGGAUGGGUUUGGAACCAGUUUUAUGUUUUGGAGGAGCACAUGGGACCUGAGCCGCAGUACGUUGGAAAGCUCCACUCCAACUCGGACAAAGGCGAUGGCUCGGUGCGCUACAUCCUGUCAGGAGAGGGCGCCGGUUCACUCUUCACCAUAGACGAGGACACGGGGGACAUACACGCUCCCAUCAGCCUGGACCGGGAGACCAAAGCCCAGUAUGUGCUCCACGCGCGGGCCGUGGACAGGCGCACCAACCGCUCCAUAGAGACGCAGUCCGAGUUUAUCAUCAAAGUCCAGGACGUCAACGACAACCCACCCACUUUCCCCGACGGGCCCUUCUCAGCCACCGUACCUGAGAUGUCGGAUGUUGGAACGUCGGUUUUCCAGGUGACGGCUUCGGACGCGGACGACCCCACGUACGGGAACAGCGCUAAGAUCGUGUACAGCCUCCUGGAGGGCCAGCCGCACUUUUCUGUCGACCCCAAGACAGGAGUAAUCCGGACUGCAGUCUCCACUCUGGAUCGGGAGACCAGAGCCCAGUACAGUGUGCUGGUGCAGGCCAAAGACAUGGCCGGGUCUGUGGGGGGGCUCUCGGGGUCCACCACCAUCAACAUCACCCUAUCCGACGUCAACGACAACCCGCCCAAGUUCCCCCAAAAGAGUUACCAGCUGUAUGUGACGGAGCUGACCCCGGUGGGGAAGGCCGUGGGGCGGAUCCAGGCCUUUGAUGAAGACGAGGGUCCGAACGCUGAGAUGAGCUACAGCAUCACCAACUCAGAGGCAGCAGCCAUCUUUGAUAUCAGCCCUGACCCAACGCACAGGGAGGGCAUCAUAUCACUCAAACAGCCUCUGAACCACGAGAAGCGUAAGGUGCACACUCUGAACAUUGAGGUGUGGAACCCUCAACCUGAGUCGCGGUACUCCCACCUGGGGCCGUUCAGGGACAGCACGUCUCUGCAGGUGAUCGUGGGAGACGUGGACGAGCCCCCUCUCUUCUCCAUGGACUUCUACAUCCUGGACGUGUAUGAGAACUCACCCGCAGGGACGCAGGUGGGGACUGUGUCUGCGCGGGACCCAGAUACAACCAACAGCGCCAUCAGGUACUUCAUCGAAAAGGAGGAGGGGAGCCCCAUGUUCUUCACCAUCGGAGUGAACAGUGGACUGAUCCGGACCAAUCAGGCCCUGGACCGAGAAGAGGCGGCCUGGCACAACCUCACUGUGAUGGCUGCAGAGGUUGAUAACCCACGUAUGAUCAGCUAUGUUCAGGUCACCAUACAGGUCUUGGACGUCAACGACAACAUCCCAUCUGUCGCCGGGGGCAACAGCGCCAUCAUUGCUUGUGACAACACCAAGAUAGGACAGGUGAUCCAGACCAUCCGCGCAGCAGACAGGGACAACUUUGCAAAUGGGAAGUUUUCAUUUCGGGUUCCUCCAGAGCAUCAAGUCAACCCCAACUUCACCAUCAGGGACAACGGAGAUAACUCUGCUAGCCUGGUGUCACGCAGGAGGGAGGGCUUCUCUGGGCAGCGGGAGAGCUCCUUCAGCCUGGUGGUAGUGGUAUCGGACGGGGGGGAGCCUCCUCUGAGCAGCACGGCCACGCUGCACAUCCGGGUGUGUGUGUGUGAGAGGAACAGCAGGGGGCGCUACGGAGCCAACGUGUGCCAGGCUCAGGCCUUCCUCUCCUCAGCCGGCAUCAGUACUGGGGCGUUCGUGGCCAUCCUGCUGUGUGUCGUCAUAUUACUGGCCAUAGUGAUACUCUUCACCCAACUGCGCCAUAAGAAAACCAGCAAAGACAAACUCAUCCUAUCCGAGGAGGACAUCCGAGAGAACGUGGUAACCUACGACGACGAGGGUGGAGGAGAGGAGGACACGGAAGCAUUCGACAUCACCGCUCUCCGGAAUCCUAAAGCAUCCGAACGCUAUCCGAAACUCCACCGAUUCUACAACCACAGCCCUUAUGAAGACGGCGAGACAGAGGAGGACAGCGAGGACGGAAUCGUGAUAGUCCAACGCAGAAAACGACUGAAUUUCGACCGUGACAGCUACAGUCCCGAGUCGGAACCUUCCUGGUUUGUUGUGGAUUGCGUUCCAAGAGACUUUAGCCAAUCGGCACCUUCCUUGCUGUUGGAUGGUCAUGAUAUCGUUCAGCAGAUUCUUCACCGGAAAGUAGCUCAGGCGGACUGCGACACUAGAGGACCUCCAUACGAUUCGCUCCAAACGUAUGCUUACGAAGGGAGAGGAUCUCUAGCGGGAUCCGUUAGUUCGCUAGGUCUGACGCUAGAUUCUUUCCCGGAACUAAGCUACGGCGAUUUAGAAGACUGGGAGGCGGACCAGCAAGUUCUAGAACGGAUUAUCGGAGAACGGGAUACGACAGACUCCUAAAAGUGCACAAUCUUUUAUAUAUGUUCUUUGGACGAUUUUGCUGCAGAUUUAAUUGAAAACCAGGGCACAAAGGGUUAAGACAAACACUGCAAAAAAGAAGACUACAGAAGUUAAAAUGAAUUUAGUUCAGAAAACUCAUCUUGUUGAGUAUUUUUGACAAGUUUUUUUUCAAGCAAUAAUAUAUCUAAGUCAAGUUAAGAUCUUAGUGGAAUUUUCUCCACUGAUGAUGAUGAUCAAAUUGGAAAUCAUUCAAAUAACAUAAAAAAGAAGUAAGUUAUCAAGUCAUGCUAACUUGUAAAAUUUAAACUUGUCAAAACCACUCAAAAAGAGAUUAUUCUUCUGAAUUUAAGUCAUGUUACAAAAUGUUGGUAUUUCCUUUUUGCAGUAAAUACAAAACAGAGCACAAGAAAAGCCAUUUCUAUUGAUCCUCAAAAAGAUGGUGAGUAGCUGAAGUUGUCUUUUCAAUACUGUUUUCUCUGUGCUUGUUUGGUAUUUUUUAUAAAAAAAAAAAAAAAAAUAAAUAGAAAAAGUUAAACAGGUUUUGUCAAGGUUUGCCCUCUAAAGUUGUUACAACGUUUUAUGAUGGAUCAUGUUUUUCUACAUGCCACAGAUUGAAUUAAAA